AAACUCAGUCGGCCUCUCUGCUCUCUAAUGGCUUCUCUUCAGCAAACUCCGCCCACUUUCCAGUCAUCCUCUUCAUCUUCCUCACGGAUUAACGCAACCUUCCUUCUUCAGAGACCUCAGAACCUAUCAUUCCCCGGCGGCAGCGUCAUCUCUAUCAAAAUCCCCAAACUAGCAGUAGCAGUAGCAGCAGUUAGAUUCUCCGUAAACUCCAGGUCACAAGAAAAGGUAAAUGCAACCGGCGCCUGGAUGCCUGACUCCGCCGCAGGAAGGUACGCUAACGCCCUAGCUGACGUAGCAAACUCCAACGGAACCCUAGAUAAGACAUUAGCCGAUAUAGAAAAGAUCGGUAAAAUCUUCUCCGACCCGCAGAUCUACGAAUUCUUCAUCAAUCCAACCGUUAUUCUCGAGAAGAAACGUGAAAUCGUCGAUGAAAUCUUUAAACUAUCGAACCUACAGACGCAUGUAGAGAACUUCAUCAACAUCCUGAUCGACGUGAACCGGAUAGAGUUAAUAAGCGAUAUUGUGAAGGAAUUUGGAGUUUUUUACAACAAAAUGACGAAUACAGAGCUGGCGAUUGUUUCUUCUGUUGUGAAAUUGGAGGAUCAACAUCUUGCGCAGAUCGCAAAGCAAGUACAGAGGAUGAGUGGAGCGAGGAAUGUGAGAAUUAAGACGAUUAUUGAACCUUCUUUAGUAGCUGGAUUCACCAUCCGCUAUGGUAAUUCUGGAUCGAAGCUGAUUGAUAUGAGCGUUAAGAAGCAGCUUCAAGACUUAGCCGCUCAACUCGAGAUUGGAGAUAUGCAGCUGCCCGUAUGACUGACCGACUCAUUUCGACUCACUUCUUGUAGACAAACAGCAGGGUAAUACAAUUUUGGAUUAUUUGAAAAUUUUGAUUAUCAUGAUUUUCAUU